AUGACCAUGUUCACCAACCAAACGGCCGAAGAGCUCGAAGCGAUGCGAUGCACUUCCGAGGGCAUUUUCAACGCUCAGAACUCUGUGUGGAUGAAAAUUAACUUUGGAUUAGUGUAUUUGGUAGCCUUGAUUACAUUUUUCUUGAGUGUGAAAGCUGCAAAGAUCUUGAAAUGCCACAAUGUGUACUCGAAUGGAACACAGUUCCUGCUCAUGUCUACUCUGUUCAAUGCCAAUCUCAAUCAGGCAGUUUAUUUUGAAAUCAGAGUUAGUUUUAAUCGAUUCAAAGUCAUCAGCCAAUCCGAUUUAAGAUUCGCCAUCUCGUCCACGUGCUGAUCCAUGCCACAGACCCGUGCCAAAUAGAGUUCCACACUCCCGACUGCACUUAUGAUCAUUCGGUUUUCGCGUUCACCUCCGUCCUCUCCACGUGGCUCGUGUGUGCGUUGACAUGCGAUCGGUAAAUGCUACUCUGGAGGCACUUCAAUUCAAAGUUAGAUUUCAGACUUUUGGCUUUGUUCCUUCGUAAUUUCUACUGCAACAAUUCAAAAGGAAUAUCACUUUUCCUCAUUUCACUUGCGGUAUUCCUUCCGAAUUAUCAGUUGUUCACCUCACAAAUUCAUUUCAAGGUCAUCCUCUCACUCGUCGUCCAUUCAAUCACCUACUUCGGAGUGUCUCGUGCUGGAUACAUCCCGGCCUGUUACUAUCCUCCCCAGCUUUCUCUGAACACAUUUCAAACAAUGAACGACGCUAACUUUGCAUUCACAAUGUUCAACUGCGUGCUAACUGUCUUCAUACUCCUUGCGAGUCUCUAUAAAGACCGGCGGUCAAUUAUUUUCGCAUUUAUAUUAUACACAAUUACUAAUUUCAGAAUCAGGCAAUCCGUUUACGAAACCAAACUCCGAUAUGCUUCUUUUGAAAAUCUGCUGACAACGAAGGCGAUUUGUAGUAUCACCUCCACGCAAUUCGUGUUUUUGAGCCUCUCCGCGGCAGCAGGUUCUCAUAAUUGCUAUUCUACACAAACAGCAAAAUAGCUAUGAAAUGACGUUUGCAUUUUCAGUCGCGAUCGUCCGAUUCUGCGAAGCGGGAUUGGCAGAAGACGUGUAUCAUAUAACUGUUCAAUAUGUAACGGUUAGUGGGAGAAACGGAAAUGCGUGUGUAACUUUUAAACGUUUCAGGGAAUUCUCUACUCGAAUCUUGCAACUCCUAUAUUGAUUUACACGAAAACGAACAAAUGCAUAGAGCAGAGAAGGAAGUCGAUCGGAAAGAUGAGACAGCAGACAAAUCACGUGGAUACGCACAUUUCAUCAUUGAGGAAAAUGUGGGAGUGA